GUGACAGCCACGGAUGGCGAUCGAGACCGCCCGCAAGCCAUAGUGUACUUUCUGACGGGUCAAGGAAUCGAAGACGAUAACCCAGCCCAGAACAAAUUUACAAUCAACAGCUCGACUGGAGAGAUCUACGUCCUUAAACCGUUAGACCGUGAUCGGCCGCAUGGCCGUUCACAUUGGCGGUUUACUGUCUUCGCAGAAGAUGAGGGAGGGAAUGGGCUGGUUGGUUAUGCAGAUGUGCUUGUGAAUCUCAAAGAUAUUAACGAUAACGCUCCCUUCUUUCCAUCAUCUAUCUAUGUUGGCAAUGUAACGGAGGAUGGACCAGCAGGUAUGACUGUAAUGACCAUGACAGCUACAGACUAUGAUGAUGCAGAGGAAGGUGAAAAUGCAAGAUUAACUUAUUCCAUCGAACAGAAUCCUGUCAAUGAAAAUGGAGAACUGAUCUUUAUGAUCGACAAGGACACAGGGGUUAUUUCCACAGCAGUGUGCUGUCUUGACAGGGAGACAAACCCAGAGUAUACUAUCAAAGUCGUUGCUACAGAUGGAGGAAGGCUUUCGGGAACAGGUACAGCUACUAUUAAAGUGAAGGACAUCAAUGAUAUGCCCCCAAGGUUUACCAAAAGUGUUUGGAAUGUGGAGGUAGACGAGACUGAUGGAGAUAAUAUUCCCCAGGAGUCUAUUCUUGUUGUGUCAGUUAACGAUAAAGAUCUAUUGGAAACUAAUCGUUUCAGUUAUGAAGUUCUUGAAACUGCUUUUGGUGCUGAUAAAUUUACAAUGCUCACUAAUCCUGAUGGAACUGGCUCUCUGAAAAUAACCAAGCCUCUUGACUUUGAAGAUAUUAAUCAGAGAUUUGGCUUCAACAUAACCAUUCAAGUUAGUGAUGAUGGUGGCCAGUCAUUAGAUCCACGACACAUAGAUCGAGCUCAAAUACAGGUGCGCAUCCGAGAUAUUAAUGACAAUCCACCAAAAUUUUUAAAGGCCAAUAUACAUGAGGUCAUCCCAGAGGAUGCAGAAAUUGGCAGGGGUGUAACAAAGUUUACAGCUGUAGACCCUGAAAAAGCAGGCACAUCCAAAGUCAGUUAUGCUAUUGAACGAGCAUCAGAUAGGAGGAGACAGUUCAGCAUCGACCAACAAGGAGAAGUUCGAGUACAGAGACAGUUGGAUCGAGAAGAUAUCCCACGGUAUGAAAUUAAGGUGUUGGCAAUAGAUGAUGGAACUCCUGCUCUCACUGCUACUGCCACACUUACAGUAACCGUAGAUGACGUAAAUGACAAUGCUCCAAGGUUUCUUAAAGAUUACCGCCCAGUCGUCUAUGAAAACAAACCACCACAAAAAGUUGUAGAAAUCAGAGCAACAGAUGAUGAUGAUAGAUCAAAAAAUAAUGGCCCACCUUUUACAUUUCGCAUGGACUUCAAUGCCCCACCUUCAAUAAAAAGCUUCUUUGAAGUUGAAAAUGAUGCCGAUGGUGCUGAUGGAGAUGGGAUGGCAAUAGUAAGGUCUAAAAUUGAAUUUGAUCGAGAAGAGAAGAAGGAAUACCACGUACCCAUCCUAAUUAAGGACAGUGGAGCUAUUUCAAUGACUGGCACUAGCACAUUGACUGUGAUAAUUGGUGAUGAAAAUGACAAUCUUAUGCUUCCAGAUCAGAAAGACAUUUUUGUCUAUACAUUUAAAGGGCAAGCUUCCAGGACUCCCAUUGGCCGUGUACAUGUUAGUGAUUUGGAUGACUGGGAUCUACUUGAUAAGGUCUUUGCUUGGGAUAAUAAUGUACCACAUCCCAAGUUUGAAUUGGAUCCAGAAACUGGAACUAUUAUUAUGAAAGAAGUGACACCUGGUGGCAAAUAUUCUCUUUCAUUUGAUAUAUUCGAUCGUCAACACACAAAAUCAGUUUCUGCCACAGUAGAUGUAACAGUACAAGAAAUUCCAGAAGAAGCCAUCUACAAUUCUGGAUCUAUCAGAAUCCUUGGAACUUCUGCUGAGGACUUUGUGCGUGUUUUGGAUUGGAAGAGCCAAGUAGUGAAAAAGAGCAAGUUUGACAAGUUCAGAGACACGUUGGCGAGAAUCUUAAAAAUAGAUCGCAGAAACAUCAACAUUUUUACUGUGUAUCCGAAACAGGAACGGCCUCCUAUAGCAGACUUAAGGUUUGCUGCUCAUGGUUCUCCAUACUACAAGGCCAGUAUGUUGAAUGGAGCAGUAGACUUAAACAGAGAACUGAUUGAACAAUCAGUAGGUAUAAACAUUAUCAUGGUAGGAAUUGAUGAGUGUUUAUAUGAAAAUGUUAACUGUGAAGGUAGCUGCACCAACAAACUUGUGGUCGAGAAGCACCCAGUCAUCGUAAAUGCCAACAAAACUGCAUUUGUUGGAAUCAAUAGUUGGGUGAAACCUCAAUGUGCAUGUGGAGCUCGAGAGUUCUCAGAGCCUGAAACUUGUCAAAAGCAUCCUCCAACUUGUCUUAAUGGUGGAAGGUGUGAAGUCAUUGGAAGUGGCAUAAAAUGUCAUUGCCCACAAGGAUUCAAAGGUCCACAGUGUCAGCAAACAACUCGUUUUUUCAAUGGAAAUGGAUGGGCUUGGUUCCCUCCACUGGAACAGUGUGAAAAUUCUCACCUCAGUAUAGAGUUUGUGACUAAGUCAGAAAAUGGGUUACUUCUCUACAACGGACCUAUUUCUGAACCCGACACUGAAGAGGAAGGCAUUCAAGAUUUUGUAUCGCUAGAACUUGGGAAAGGAAGACCAAGAUUGCUCAUCGAUUUUGGUUCUGGUACUACAGAGGUUACAGUUAAUACAGUAAAGCCCUUAAAUGAUGGGUCCUGGCACCAACUGGACAUAUUCUGGGAUAGAGAGAAUGUGCGCAUGAUGGUAGACCACUGCAUUGAUUCUCACCACAAGAACACAGACCCACCAACCACUGACAGAUCCAGGUGUGAAGGAACAGGAACAAUAUCCCCAUUUAACGAAUUUCUUAAUGUGAAUGGCCCUUUACAGCUUGGAGGAGUCCACCAUAAAAUUCUGAACUUUAAAUGGAAUUACCAGCAUAUGCGCAGUGGAUUUGAUGGAUGUAUUAGAAAUGUUAUUCACAAUAGUAUGUUUUAUGACCUGGCUUCUCCUGGAAGCUCAGCUGGAAGCCAGGCUGGAUGUUCACCAGCUGAUAGGAAAUGUUUUGAUAACAAUAUCACAUCAAAUUGUGAACAUGGCUAUUGUGAAGCAUCAUAUUAUACAGCUUUCUGUAUCUGUCACCCUGGAUGGCAAGGUCCUCGCUGUGAUAAGCCAACUCAGUCCAAAAUGUUUCAACAAAGCAGUUAUAUUAAGUAUGCCCUUUCCUUUACACCAAACCCAUAUAAAACAGACAUUCAGCUACAGUUCCGAACCAGACAAAAGGAUGGUGAGCUUUUCAGAGCUACCAGCAAGCAUAGUCGCGAGUAUUUUAUCCUAGAAAUAAAAGACAAAAAACUUCGACUUCGGUUCAAUCUGAAUCCCUAUAGAACAACAGAUGAAAGAGAGAUUUGGCUACCCCACGUUAUGGUCAGUGAUGGUCAAUGGCAUUCAGUAUUAGUCUUGAGACAUGGGAGCACAGCCAGUAUCACUCUUGAUGGUGGAGGUGGACGUCGUUACAAUGAGCUGCUAGAUUAUGAGAAGCAACACCAGGAAAUGGAGAUUGAAAAACAAAAUGUUGUUGCUGGAGGUGAUGUUCAAUAUGUUGGUCCAGGGGUAACUUUAGUGGAUAAUGACUUCCAGGAAGGUUGCAUAAGUGAUAUUCGGUUAAACAAACGUUUCCUGCCCAUGGAGAAUGGCUCUGAAAAUGCUGCAGUAAUAGAAUGGAACAACUUGAUCCAUGGAUGUCCAUCUAACUACCCGUGUAAAGGGGUCAUCUGUCCACCUCCCUUCUUCUGUAGAGAUAUUUGGCUACUUCACGAAUGCGGGUGUCCUGAUGGGUUUGUGAAGACCCCAGAUGGACAAAACUGCACGGAUGCUGAUGAAUGUUUUUUUGAUCCCUGCUUUAAUGGUGGAAGAUGUGUGGAUCUACCAGGUGGAAAAGGUUUCUACUGUUUAUGCUCUGAUGGAUACACUGGUAUCGACUGUAAAAUACUUGUGGAAGCCAAUGCCAUUAAACUUAGCAUGGGUGCCUUAGCAGCCAUUCUGGUCUGCUUGUUGUUUAUCUUAGUUUUAGUACUCAUCAUUGUGGUGUAUACCAAGAAUCAUAAACCAAAAGAAAAAAUUAAUUCAUACAUAAGAGAUGACACUCGAGAGAAUGUCAUCACCUAUGCUGAUGAGGGAGGAGGCGAGGAGGACAUGAUUGGCUUUAACAGAAAUAUAUUGAAAGUUCCAGUGGAUCCCAACAUUACACAACCAGAUGUCUCUCUUGUUGCUGUGCCUCAUAUUAUCCAACCACAAGAAGAUGAAAGAAAAGAUCAACUACCACAAGUUCAUUAUGGUCAGUAUCCCAUCUCAGGUGAAGAAUUAUUAUUUGAUAGGCUUCGAAAAACAGACAGUGAUCCCAGUGCUCCACCUUAUGAUGAUCUUAGGAACUAUGCGUACGAAGGAAGUGGCAGUUCUGCUGGCUCAUUGAGUUCUCUAGCAUCUACUACCGAGGACAAUGAGCAAGAUUUUGAUUAUCUCACAGACUGGGGACCACGAUUUUCCAAAUUAGCUGACAUGUAUGGACAAGGUGAAAGUGAUGAAGAAUAAUGUCUGUGUUUAUAAUGCACAAGUUGUCAGUUCGUUUCGGUUACCAAUCGAUGCCAUUUAAUAAGUUUUUAUGUCAUCCUGCCGCUCCAAUGUUCAUCUGUAUGAAGCAGGAAGAAGAUCAAGGUGAUAUAAUGUUGAUAUUGUGUGUCAUCUCAGAACUUUUUAGAAUAAGGUUUGUUUGUAAGUAGUAAAUGUUUUUAAGAAGACAAAGUCUAUCUGAAAUCUGAGGUUUGAUCAUACUGCAAAUAAUUAGGAUUAUUUUAGGCUUUAGGCAGGCCUUAUGUUACUUGAAACUUUAUUUAUUUCUCAAAGUCUGGCUACAACUCUUCCUAAAUGGCUUAAUUUAACUGGUACAUGUUUAUGACAAGUCAGUAAGUAUAAAUAAAUCUUGAGAUCUCACAAAUCAAGCUCAAUAUUGAAGCAAUUAUUUUAUUCCUUUGAACUGAAACUUUAACAGCUGAACAAACUUUUUAUGUGAAUGAAAAUUAAUGCAUUUUAUCACAGAAAUUGUUAUUGUGGAAAUAAUUUUCUUCUAUUUUUGUUAAUAGAAGAUAUCGUAAAUUUGUUGCAAUGAUUCCAUCUUCCAAGAGUUAAAAAACCUCUAUUCAUUGUCCUUAUGCAUGACAGUCCUAACGGAAGAUCUUUGUUCAAAAUGUAGUGGAAUAAAAAAUAAAUUUAAUGAAAUAUUAAUAUUGCUUUCACAUUUAAUUUUGUAUCUUUCACUCACAUACGUUAGAUACUGUGAGUUUUUUUCAAGUAUAAUAAUAAGGGAAGUGUUUUAAAACAAAAGGAAAAGAUAAUAAUAACAAAUAGUUAUUGAUAACCACCACACUUAAAAAAUGUAGUGCACCAUUCCAGAUGACUAUAUCCACCUGACACUUGGAGACUAUAAAAUGAUUCAAUAAAUAAAUUCACUGUAGUGACGUAUAUGAAUGAAUUGUGAAAAUAACACUAGUAUAGUUAUCAAUCAUUAUAGAAAAUAAUGAUUUUGAUAAUAAUCUUUUGAAAGUGAAACGUGGAAUUAAUAAUUUCAGUUCCUACAAAAGCUAUAAUUGAUUUGUAGGAAGAUGUGUGUUUCUCUUAACACAGUAUUCUUACACCUUUUUCUAACUAUGUUAAUUGCCCAUGUUAAAUAUACACAUAAAUGUAAUUAACUAAGGAAGUUAACCCUUUUUGUGCCUAAAAGGCAAAUAAGGCACCUUUUUCUUAAGGUGCAAGAAUGGGAUGCUAAUUCAUCAGAAUUUAACCUCCAGCUACUACCCUCUCCCCCAUUAUACAGCUGGAUAAACUGCAGCACUUGGGGUAAAGCAUCUUACCCAAGGAGACAAUAAUAUGGCAUGGGUAAGUCUCAAAUUCACAACUCUUCAACUAAGGGUUCAAGGCACCAAGCCAUGCCACUUCCAGUACACUUAAUGUGUGUAAUAAUGUUCUGCUUUGAUGGUUAACAUCACCUGCUUUGUUUUAUACAUUCAGUAAAAAGUUUCUUAUUUUGAACAUUUGUUUGGUUCGGUGUGGAUGGUGGCGAAUAUGAUCAAAUCAUAUCAAUGUUUAGCACCUAGAAACACAUAAUAAGAUACCAAAAUUUUGUAAGCAUUCUUUUGCCAAAAUAAAAUGAUUGGAAUAAUAGAUUUUGGCUUCUUUUAUAAAAAGAUGUUAUUAGUUAAGUUGUGAAAUGUUUUCAACAUAAAUAGCAAUUCAUAAUUUGGUCUAUCUUCCGCCACUCAUAAUAGACACAAAAAUGAUUUUAAUUUAAACAUUUUUUUUUUUCAUUUAUCUAAACUACAUCACUUGCAAGAACCAAAUAUUUGUUAACUAAUCACUGAUUGAUGUAUUAGAAAUCUCUAUUCUUCUUCUUUUUUUUUUAUAUAGAAAUUAUUUUUUGAUUUUGUGACUUUACAAAAUAUUUAAAGUAAAUUUCUUCUGUUCUAUAACUCAUUCUCAUUAGAAUUCGACUUACUAAAGGGUCAGUUACCCCCAAAAUUAUAUGUAAAAUGGCAUUUGGUGUGGCUCAAGAGACUUCCUAUAAUGCCUUAGACAAACAGCUCGUUUGUAGCUCUUGCUUCCUUUGCCUUUAAAGAAUAAAGUAUGCAUGCUUUAUAGAAAUCCCUUGAAUGAUUUACAGAAUUUUGUCACAAACGUUUCUUUUAUAACAAAAUUUCGAGUACUUAAUUUGUUAAUUUGGUACAAUAUUUUCAUUCAUAAUAUUUCGUAGAUUGUAUGACUUUAAUUUGUAAGCGUUGUAAAUUUUGAAGAAUAUGUAAUUUUAAUUUGUAAGAGUUGUAUAUUUUUAAGAUUAUGUAACUUGCAUUUGUAAGCGUUGUAUGUUAUCUAACUUUAAUUUGUAAUUAAGCGUUGUAUAUUUUCAGAUUAUAUAAGUUAAAUUUAAAGGCAUUGUACAUGUUUCAUUUUAUGUGGAUGGAAAGUUUCCUCUACAAAGUUGUAGAUACGAAUGGUGAAUAUAUAGAAUGGCAUAGCAUUUGAUUUUUACAUUCUUCAAAUAUAUAUAUAUAUAUAUAUAUUCAAUUAUUUUUUCUUUAUUUCUACACUUUAUUUGUGUCAAAGUAGGUACUUAUUAUUGCUUAUUUAACAAUGCCUGGUUUAGUGUGAACUAUAGAAUAUUUGAAAUGUAAUUUACCCAAAAGAAAGAUAUUCCAAAAUAUCUAUAGGGUUUUGAAUCUGUUUUACUUCACCAUAUACUAAGUUAGUAACCUAAAUUAAUUCAGGUAUGUGAAUAAUGUUAUGACAUA